AUGAGACCUGUGAUUAUAAGACAACCCCCACCAGCUGGAGACUCCAUCAAGAAGUCAAUGUCAAACAUUAUCUUCAUGGAACUCAAGAAAAUCCUUGUUCAAUGGAAAAACGGACCUUCACAGAUCGGAAGAAUGUAUCCCUUGCCAGUAUUUGAUGAACAUGAUAUCGUUCAACUCUGCAGCGAAGUCAAAGACAUUCUUCGCAUCCAGCCUGCAGUAAUUCAAAGAAAACCAGGAGUUAUCAUUGUUGGUGAUUUGCAUGGAAACUUUUUGAAUUUUCUUCAGAUAUUUGCCAUUCAUGGGCUUCCUCCAAAUCAAAACUACAUCUUUUUAGGCAACUACAUUAACUACGGCGAGUUUUCCCUCGAAGUUGUUAUUUAUCUUUUCUCUUUAUAUUAUCUAUUUCCAUCGAACAUCUCACUUUUGAGAGGGUCAACAGAAUUCUAUCCAUCUAAGGGCCCUAGAUCAUUAUCUUCCAAUAUUGAUACAACCUAUGGUCCAAAUUCUAUAUUGAAAUCAGUAUUUUUAGAAACAUUUACUUAUUUACCUAUUGCUUGCUUAAUUGGAAACAGUGUUCUUUGCUCUAGAUCAAGUUUAGUUUCAAGAUAUUCGAAUUUACAAGAGAUCUUUCAUGAAACACUUCCCAUUCCAUGUGUUGUAGACCAAAGCCAUCUAUUUUUGAGUGGUCUUGCUAACGUUAUUCCUUCAGAAGAAGUCCUUGAAGAAUUCUUAGCGACAAACAAUCUCAAUUUCCUUAUUUUUGGUGGCAAAAACGCUGGCGAUGGCGUUGAAAAUAUGCUUGAUGACAGAUGUUACGCUCUUGCUUCAGAUGCUCACAUGGGCUACUGCGGAAUCAUAAAUUUGGUUGGAAACCAACCGCCGUUUGCCAUAAUAUUUACACCAGAUUCAGAUUUGCUACGAGAAAACGCUCAGAUGCUGAGAGUUCGACCAAUGUCAAAUCAAAAAGUCCGACCAACGAUUUGUUCGAUUGUUCCUGAUAGGAAACAGCCUCUUCCUGCUGCACAAAUCAAGAGAAACGUGAGCAGAUUACCAAGUCUUUCACCACAACCUCUUAAUCUCGAACCAAAGAGGAUAAUGAUAUAA